UGUGCUUUUAUCUUGUGCGAGUUUUGAUGGUCUUGGCUGGCAGUCACUCUUUCAUAAUCGUUUAGUCUAUAGUAAGAGAUUAAUUUAAACUUUCCCUCGCUGUUUGUGGUAAUGACUUAUCAAUUAACAGAACCAAAAAUGUUAAUGCUAGGAUUUUCUUUUUAAUUUUAACAGCAGCAUGCAGAGUAACAGUAGUAAAGAUCAAAGAUGAAUAGUUAAUUUCAAAAGUUUGCCACUAAAAUAAGUUUAAGUUUUUUGACAUCCCGUUGUUGUGAAUAAUCGCUUGGACAAGAGAUUAUCCAUACAACGAUUUUUGUAACGUGUGAUGACAUUUAAGAUGUGGUUAUUACAUUGUGAGAUCUUACUGACAGUGACCAAGUUUAAAAUAAAAUGUGUAUAUUGGUUAUUAAACAUUUCAACUUAAUUCCAGCUGAAUUGUUUUCAGUUGAGUAACAAAGCAAACUAGUAAUGGCAAGUUUUGCAGCUCAGGCUGCUCUUAGAUCAAAGUGGACUGAUUUGGUUGAGGGUUCCACUAUCGAUGUGCCUGCAGAGGUGUCGUCUGGUGUCAGGAGUGUAGUGGGAUGGCUGAAACAGGCCUCCCUGGAGGUGCGGCAGGCGGGACGCCGCACUCUGGGCGCGCUGUCGGGGGGAGCCAUGGGCGUCACCAUCCUGCACUUCAACGACGUGUACAACGUGGAGUCGCGGGGAGUGGAGCCCGUGGGCGGGGCCGCCCGCUUCGUCUCGGCCCUGCGCUCCUUCUCCCCGCUGCACCCCCUGGUGCUCUUCAGCGGCGACAUCUUCUCGCCCAGCAUGCUGAGCACGUUCACCAAGGGUGAACAUAUGGUCCCGGUGUUGAACGAGUGUGGCGUACACUGCGCUGUGUUCGGAAACCAUGAUUUCGAUUUUGGGUUGGAUGUGCUAGGGGAGUGGGUUUCUCAAACCAAUUUCCCGUGGCUGAUGUCCAAUGUGAUCGAUCAGGAGACUGGACGACCGUUGGGGGACGGACGAAUUACGCACGUCGUCGACUGGGAGGGGAAAAGAAUAGGCCUUGUGGGGCUGGUGGAGCAAGAGUGGCUGGACACGCUCGCCAACAUCAACCCUGACGAAGUGACGUUCCUCGACUACGUGGACGUGGGCAAGAGGCUGGGAGCACAGCUGAAGCAGGAGGGGUGUGACUACGUGAUAGCUCUGACGCACAUGAGGACGCCCAAUGACUUGAAGCUGGCGGAAGGAGUCGACGAGAUAGACCUGAUCCUAGGCGGCCACGACCACGUCUACGAAGUGCGACAGGUUAAUGGGAAGUACAUAGUCAAAAGUGGCACAGAUUUCCGCCAGUUCUCCAAGAUAACGUUGACGUUCGACAAAGCAGCGGUCGACGUGAAAGUGGAAGAAAUCAACGUGACGUCGUCCUACCCCGAGGAUCCAUGCCUUCAACUCCGGUUGGAGCAGUACUCAGGCGUGAUGGACGGCAAGAUGGGGGAGGUGCUGGGGGCGUUCACGGUGCCCCUGGACGGCCGCUUCCAGCACGUGCGCACGGGGGAGACGAACCUCGGCAACUGGGUGUGCGACGUGGUGCUGGCCGCGACGGGCGCCGACCUGGUGAUCCUCAACUCGGGCACCCUGCGCUCGGACAUGGUGCACCCGGCGGGGCCCUUCACGCUGCGGGACCUCGUCACCGUCGUGCCCAUGAUGGACCCCCUGGUCGUGAUCUCCGUCACAGGGGACGACAUCCUGGCCGCGCUGGAGAACGGAGUCUCGCAGUACCCGAAGCUGGAGGGCAGGUUCCCGCAGGUGGCCGGCCUGAGCUUCGCGUUCGACCCACGCGAGCCCCCGGGCCGGAGGGUGGACCCCGAGCUGGUGCGCAUCGGGGACGAGUACCUGGUCCGCGACCAGCUGUACCGCCUCGCCACCAAGACGUACCUCGCCUCCGGCUGCGACGGCUACGCCAUGCUCCGGGACGCCAAGGUCCUGGUGGAUGACGAGGAGUGUCCAGACCUGGGGCUGGCCAUCCAGAACCACUUCAAAGCCAUCGACAUCCGGCUGGGCAAGUCCAAGUGGCACUCGAAGCACCGUCAGAGUCUCGUCACGCUGUCGCGCAGGCACAGCCUGGUGAAGAUGCUGGACGCCUCGGCGGACCUGGACGGCCCGCCCCCGCUGCGGCGCGCCGGCACGCUGGACGCCGGCGGCAGCCCGGGAGCCUCCCGCCACUCCCCCGGCCCCGGCCCCCCCCAGCCGCCCCGGGGCCGCCUGCUGCGCCGGGCCAGCCUCGAGGACCUGGAGAGCGAGUCCUGCCAGCUCGGCCCGCGCGUCGAGGGCCGCAUCAUCCUCCUCACCGACGAGACGCGAGAGAAGCUGUUGCACGAGCGUCAGCGGUUCGAAGAGGACUCCGUAAUACCGGAGGUGGAGGACGAAUGCUCGCCGCCGGGGAGCGUCGACCAGAAUUGAAGCUCGGAGCGCUCUCUCUGUUAAGGGUCGCGUCGUACCGCCGCUUCCAUCGCUGUGCGUGACGUGCACUUUGCCCGUAGAAGUCGUAGAUCAUGUGUUUCGUUUGUCGGAAAGUCGGUCACUGCCUUUCAAGGUUUGCUUGUAAUGAGUAUAGCGUAGUGAUUGGGAAGGAGGUUGUCGAGAUGUUUGUGAACUGCUGUUCCAGUGAUUGUCGUGUUCAAGUGUAUCAUGAAUUGUUUGGUUUUUAAUUCAAUCUAAUGUGAAAAUUUUUUUUCAUGCCUUCUCAAGGUGAGUAAUUACACCUUGUAGUAACCAUGCUUAACUUUUUUUUUGCCUAAGAAUUAUUUUAAAGUAUAAGAUUUAUGAAUUUUUUUUAUGUUAAAUAUUGUAAAUGUAUGGUUCUGCAAGUUGUUCUAAUGUAACGUUCUUGUUUUUUUUGUUUUUAUUUUUUUAUUUUUUUGCAUCAUGAAAAUUUCAAAACCUAAACUUAUUCUUGGACUGGUAUGAAUACUAGGACAGUAGUAAUUUUUUUUUGUCAGUGUGUUGCUGUUUUGAAAGCACAUGUGAUGAAUAAGUCAGUUAUUUAAAAAUUUUAAAUAUACUGUGUAUUCUAAUAUGUAUCAAUAAUAAUACUCAUCAUUUAGUUAGAGACAAGAUUAUAUGGUGAAUUGCGAUAAAUCCGAAAUAACACCGAAAUGCAAUUUAUACCAUGAAAUUAAGCCACAUUUAACCAAAGCUUAAUUCAAAUCACAAAAAAAGAUUUUAUUGUUGGAAAUUCAAGGAAUGUCUUUAUUUUGGGAUGAAAUUUGUAUCAAUGCAUAGAGAUUAGAAAAAAGUUAUUUGUACUAUUUUAAAAAUGUAGUAUAUAAACAAUGCACUAUUUUGGUGGGAUAAGUUUUAAAAAACAUAAUUUAUGAAAAAAAAAUAAAAAAUCUGUUUUAAACAUUAAAUAUGACUAAAAACAUAAAAAACAAUAAAAUCUUGUCUCUUAGUUAUAAUAUAGGUAGUAAUUUAUUUUUGAAGGGUAUUCAGAGUAAUACUAAUUUUACAUUUACAAUAAUAAUUUUACAGAAUACAUACUAAUUUUAAUAAUGCAUUCUUUAUUUAUCAUACUAGUAAAAUAGAUGUACAAUGAAACUCCCAGUAACAGACAUCUCCGAUGAAUUAAAUAAGUCUUUAAUUGAGAACUGUCUGCUGUUAGGAAAAACAUAUCACACAAAAUUUUAAUAACAUUUUAAAAAAUUGCUAAAAACAACGAUCUCAAAAUGUUGGUACUUCUACCACUUAUGCUAUCUAUCUAUUGUGAUGCGCUAUAUGAAGUAAAACACAGCUACUACAAGGGUUGAUUAUGGGGAAAGAUUUUUCGGAGGAGCACUCCUAUAGUCAAAUGGUGAUGUUAAAAGAUAAAAGCUUAACUAUAGGGUUGUGCGAAUGUUUGGUAUACCGAUACCGAAAUCGAAAUUUUGCUACUUUCAUUUUCGAUUUCGGUAAGAAUUUCAUCUGUCGAAGUUCGUUUUUAGCGAAAUAUUUCGAGCCAAACGAAAGUUCAAUAGCUUACCGAAGUUCGUUUGUUCUAGUUGAAAAAGAAAUCGUAAUUUAAUAAAAAUGUACAGUAUAAUACCUGUACAAUAACGUUCCUUAUUAUAAAGUAUAUUUCACUUAACGAAUUUUUUUUAAGUCCCCGCCAAAAAUCGUAUCUUAGCCAUGCAAAACGGUUUCAGUUUAACGUAUCAUUUUCACUAUAACGUAUAAAUUCUACUAGUAGCGUGGCAUUACUACACCAAAAUUUACUUAAACUGGUAAAUAAAUUUCCAGCUAAAUGAUUAAUGUAGUAGAACAAAGAUACACAAAUACCAACGCAACGUAUUUUCUAACCUCUAAAUUCUCAAAACAAAGUUAACAAACAGUUGCGCGCACAACCAUAGAUUAUACCGUACGUAGUAUGCGACGUGAGCAACACAACACUAGAUACAUCGAAAGACGGAGGUUUGAGAGAAGUAUUAAUUAUUUAGACAAAAGUGUUACGCUACGCUAAAAAUACUGUUUGAUGUCUGUGCCGGGAUUGUUUAUUGUUAUUGUUAAGUUUAUUUUCAGGUUACGUUAUUUAAACACCGCAUUGUAUUUGUGCUACAAUAUGAAUGAUCCUGGAGAUAAAAAGAAACGAAAGCAAUUCACGCUUAAGGAAAAAGUGGAUAUACUCAGAGAACUAGACAAGGGGAAAAAAGCAAGUCGCAGUUGCGAAUACAUAUGGCAUUGCGGCUCUCCUGUAGCUAUUUUUUUAUAUAUUUUUUUCUCUUUGUAAAGAUAUGUAUGCAUGUUUCAGUGCUAAGUACAAAAACUUGAGGUACCUGUAAGUACUUAGCACUGAGAUUCUAUUGUAAUGUCUUUAUAUGAUUUGCUUGUUAUUUCUAAUAAUGUAAUAACAUAUGCAAAUCAUAUAAAGACAUUAAUUAGAAAAAAGAUUUCCAUUAAGAUUAAUUUACGUGGUGAUGAAAAAAACUUACGUUAAUGAAAAUACGGUCUGCUUUAUUUAAAUUUUAAAUACUCUGACUGGCAUAUAAAAUCCUCAUAAUAUACAGCCAAUUAGACAAAAAGGUCAACAAGUCACUGCAUGUAAUGACCACUUGGCAGCAACCAUUUGUUAUGUUUUGUUUUGACCAUGUCCAUUGCCUAGUUUACAGCUUCCUGAGCUAGCCAUGUGUGACAGUGGUGCAAGAUGGCGGCCGUUCCGCAGUAUUCACGUAUUUUUUCAUCAGUACCAUGCACGUGAUAAAUAUAUUAUCAUAGACUGCGACAUUACGACUGUAAAGGAAAUAGUCUGUGCGCUGAAAGAUCUGGAUUGAUUCUUGAAAUUUACGAGUGACAUGGGGCUGUGUUGUGUGGUCUAGGGCGGAUGUUGAUUUUAUUAAAUAGUAAUAUUUAUAUAUACAUCAAAAGGUACCAAAAUGAUUUAUGUAAUAGAAUUUAUUACUGAAGAGCAAAUUUUGGGGCACUUUUUUUCUUGUUAAUUAAAAAAUUUCGCUUAACUUUCGUUAAGAAUAUAUUUAUCUCAUAGAAAAAUUCAUUUUCGUUUCACUUUCGCGAAACUUGAUAAAUUUUCUUUCACUUUCAUUUCAUGUGGAUAAAGUCACUUUCGCACAUCCCUACUUAACUACCAUAUCUCCAAAUAAAUUCCUCAAUUUCUCGUGAUAUCUUUGAAAACAGUACAUUUUAAAGAUAAAAAGUAUGGACUAAAAACUGUUGCAGAUUUCAUAAUGAACAAUAAAAGGUUUUAAGUAAAUUUUCUGUAUCUCUAACCAUUUUAAUUUUAUUGGAAAAUGUCACAAGACGUAUCUGCGUGAAGCCGCUCCCAGCCCUCUGUAUGCUUGUCGAUACCGUCUGAACUCUGGCAACUGCUUAGUUGGAAAACUUCACCUUCUGCAUCUAAACGGUCACUUACGCUACUUCUAACCACUGUUGUCACCCGGGCACAAAUGUAGAAUCCUGGAAUGCUUCCCUUGCUGCCGCUGCCAAAAUACUUUGCAUCUUUUGCUAAUCAAACUCAGAUAAUAUUUCACUGGGAAGAUGUCUACCUGAUGUAAACUCUUGCCGAACCGUUAGUUAUGGGAAGCGCAUGAAACAAAAUUUUAAACAAUCUACGCUAGAUAAUAACAGGCAUUUGCUGUGGUGAGGUGACCAAACACAAUAGUUUGUGUCAUUUAUCUCAAAAGGCCGUCUAGUCCAUUUCUUAGAUUGUCCGUUACAGGGAGGUUAUAAGAGCCCAUGUUCUGCCGAAUGAUUUAAAAAAUUUAGUUGUUCAGUAGUGUCUACUUGGGUAGAUAGUUUUCAGUGUAGUCAGUUAUUUAAAUCCAUUUUUGUACUGACAAAUUGCAUACCAUGGAUAUUCUUACUUUUUACUAUCAGAAUUCAGAAUAAACAUUUCACUUAUUGAUUGCAACAAUAUUGUUUAUUUCUCAUUACUUUACUUUAGCACCAAAUUUUUUGAAGUUCAAAGAAUUUUUUUUAUAAUGAAGAAUGCAAGUCAAACAUACAAACCCAGUAAGUAAGGGUUAAAAUAACUUCUCACCUUACUUAUGGUAACUGUAGUAGCUACAGUAGAUGGUGAAAUGAGAGAAAUUAUAUUAGAUUGAUUUUGUACCUCUAAAACUAGUUUUAGAUGUCUGAAGUUAUUCAUUCAUAUCUGUUUUACUCAGUACUUAUUAGUUUAAUUUUAUAUGUACAUACUGUUAAUUUAUACUUACCUGCAGUGUUAAAAUAUUAUUGUUAUCUUUUUAAUAUUUUAUUAUUUUAGUAUUUGUAUUUUAGUGAAACCUCUUACUUACUGUACUUUUUUUAACGAACCAAGUCUAAAAAUGUAAUAACUGUAUACAAUGUUUUACUUACGAUUAAUUUGAUACAUUCAUUUGAUAUUUUACUAGGUCUGUGCUAAUAUCAGUUUUUUUAUUUUGAAUCGAAUACGGGUACCAGAUAAUUCUCAAAUAUGAAUAUUGAAUUCCAAAACAUAUUAAGAAUGAGAAUUGGAAUGACACUUAAAAUUUUAUUUCACAUCAUGUAAAACAUACAUUGGGAAAAAAAUGGGAAAUAUGGAGUGUAGUGCCUUUUGGCAAAUUACACUAUAAAUACUGAAGUGAAAGGUUUGUUAGCUGAAGUCAGCCACAAUAAUUAUACAUAUAAUGUUUGUUAAAAUAUUUGAAUUUAAAAUUAAAAUUUGUUUUUAUGCAUUUAUGCAACUAACCUAACAUAACCUAGCCAACCUUACUCUUCAGUUUUUAAUUGCCAUAUUUCCCAGAACCAGCUAUCUAAAUGUUGAUCAGUAAAGUUUAUGCGAACUGCAAAAUGCAGAAAAAUGUUUUGUGUUGUAGUACUUUUUUUUUCCUGCUGCACAUACGUAUUAUGAAAAAGAAUAUACAGAAUAGUUAAUUUGUUUUGUGUUUGAGAUGUCACAAGUAGUCCGUAUUUUGAAUCAUCCAGGUGAUUUUUUUCCGUUACUGUUUUACGAGACAGUAGUGAACUUUGAAUACUUGUUGCAUGUUAAAAACUCUGUUAAAAACUUUUGUAACUCCUGUUCAAAAAUUUUAUUGUUAUUUUUAUCACACAAAUGACACAAAUCAGUGAACAUUGGUAAACCACAAACUAACGAGGUGUGCUAUAUCUAAUAUUCAUUACCAAUUGAAUAUUUGUUAUUUUAAAGUGUUAGUAUUGGAAGUCGAAUCGAAUAAUAAAUGGUUUGUGUUCGUAAAUACAAAUAUUUGCACAGGCCUACAUUUUUUUUAAAAAAAAAAUAGUUUUAUAUUUGAGCUUUCAAGUGGCUACACCAUGAUUUAGGAUUAUAUAUUUAAUUUAGCCUUUGUAAGCGCAUAAAUAAUACAAAAGUACCCAGAUGCAUUAUAUAUUUUUAUAUGGAUAUAAUUUUUUUUAAUGUACACUAUUCUGUACAAUCAGACUCAGCAGUUAUUUUAUGAAAACUGUCAAAUUUUUUUUCACAAAAUGCAAAAUGGAAUAAAAUAUUACUGUUUUAGUGUUGUGUGCUACAAACUAAUUUGCAUGUCUUGGGUUAGUUCAGUAAACUAACUUAGGUGUAAUAGCCUACAGUUUUAAAUAAAUUUGAAUGAAAAUACAACACACAAAUUGCAAUAAAAAUACCCUGUUUCAGUGUUGCAUGCUAGGCCUACAAGUAUAACUUGCACUGCAUAAAUCAAUCACAAUCUUUUAUCAGUAACAAUAGACGUCAAAUAUAUAUUUGCAAUUGCAUAAUAAAACUACAAUAAAAGUUGGCUAAAUAGAUUUUACACACAUCAGUUGAAGAAAGACAUAUCAAGAGUUCAGUAAACUAAAAACUUUGCGUACAGUUUGGAAGAAAUCAUAGUUUUUCAAUUUUAUCUUGAACACUUCAUUACUUGGGUGUAUGGUAGUCACGAAAACAUUUCCUUUCGCGAGUCAGGCAAAGGUGCACUUUGCACUUCUGGCACAUGAUGUGAGACCUGAAUUUACUGUUAGGUACAUCUUGUGUUCUUACAUCUCGUAGGCUCUUUCUUCUGGUCAUGAAUGGGUAAAUGGUCAAUGCUGUCCAGCUGAACAUUGGCACUAGGAGCUUUCUCCUUCUUGACCCGUGGAACGUUGACAUUCAGUUCUGGCACAUCUUCCAAAGAGGGCCGUCCACUUUUCCUGCCUAUUAUUUUACCAACUUUCAGCAGGCUAUCAACUACUUGAAAGCGAAAUGCCAACUGAUCCAAAAUCUGGUUUUUCGGGAUAUCGUUUCCCUUGCAGUCACGCUUGUAUUCCAGCCAGGCAUGGAAUGCCAUUCUCAGUGUCCACUUCUUCGAACGAAGACUGAUCCUGUGAAAACUCACAAAUCUGUCGUACUGGUCAACUCCACCCAUGACUUGGUUGUAAGAUUUUAUGAUUUCAGGUCUGUGAACUGGCAUAUAGGUUUUCGUGGCCUUUUCAUACCUGCGCACUUCAUCUUCAGCCCCAAUACCCAAAAAAUUGGAAGCCAUUGUGACAGUUCUAUUAUCCAACCAUUUACAUAAUACUAUCUCAUGAUCAGUACUAACUAGCUCUUCAGUGUAGCCCCUGUGACACCCCCAGAGCUUAUCAAGAAUUAAAAGGUAAAAGGGGGGUGGCGUCGUAAGAAAAAAAGAAUAGUGUGAUGCUAGCUGUAAUUGGCCAAAUUAAAAUCAACGUCAACAACUUCGACUUCAUAAACAAAUUACAAUACAAAAACAAUUAAAUAAAAAAAAAUAUUAAAAAGAGAAAAACCAACAAUAUGCACAUAUAAAAAAAAGCAUUAACAGUCAAAAAUGGGGCCAAGGGCAUUAAACUCUGAGAGGGUCCAGGCGGCUCCACUGCAUUCACAUGCAUUAGCUUCAAAAACCAACUGCACGCAUCAUCCGUCAACAAACAAAAACACAAGGAGAAAAAGAGAAGAGGGAAGGGACACUCAAAAAAAGUGUCACACCCCUUACAUUAUUCUUUUUCAUGUUUUUGUCUGUUAGCAAAUCUAUUUUCACAAUUCGUUCCACCUGCGAAAAUAAUUUUUGAUUUUAGAAGUUGAAGGAGAUUGUAGGAAGUAAACCAGUUGUCAAAAAAGAGGAUGUAUCCUAGUUGUACCACUCUCUCCGUCAACUUGAGGACUACUGCCAAACCCAGUCCAAAUUUUUUCUGAAUGCCAUUGUCAAAUCCAGUUGUACGUACUACCUUGAUACAGCACAAAGUCGUAUGCUAAACCGGAUGUCCCACAAAGCACAAAAUUUUUUAUUCCCCAUGGAUUAGGUUUUCCCUUUACAUAUUGCUUCACACCAAGUUUCCCAGUGAAGGGAAUCAUUUGCUCGUCUAUAGCAAUUUCACGCUCAACAUGAAGCUGUAAACGACAACUUCGAACAAUAUAAAAAAUUGGUCUUACUUUCCAAAACACGUCAGUGCAUCCGUCUGGUUUUUAUAAAUUAUUUACAAAAUGCAAAUUGGUUCGUAGUUGGAAAAAACGAUCCCUCGUCAUAUUCUCUUGGAACAAUCCCAGACCUAACACAGACUGCCACUACAUGCGGAUCCUAGGGAAGUUCAGGCAUCCUGUAGCUAUGUGAAGUGCAAAUAAAAUUUCUACUUCAACUGCUGUCGCAGGCUUGAAUUUUGUUGCACCUGUUUGAAGCGCAUAUAUAUUGGUGAACGUGACUGCCUUCUCAUAAAAGUCCAGUGGUAUGUACCUUUGGAAGUACUCGUAGGGCUCUAAAACAGGUUCUGGAACUUGAGUUUGAAAUUCUGGUGGUUCUCGGGUGGUAAAAAUUCGCCUUCGCCAUGUUAUAUUUUGUUUUGCUGUGGUCAACUCCAACAUAUCUCUAAUAUCGUCAUGAACAUCUUCACCUGCAACCUCUUCUUCAUUCUGUACAUCUAACACUGCAAUGUUCUCAUCAUCCUCUAUAACCUCUUCUUCGCUAUCUUUGUUGACUACAGCUGUUUCGUCAAUCACAGUAUCUUCUUCUUCACUUAGCCCUUCAAUAUCAGACACAUCACCACUCUCAAUCAAAUCUAAUAUUUGUGAUGUAGUUAACUUCUUGGGAGCCAUAAUCAAUCACAAUAUACUUCUCGUCUCAAGUACACAAUAAACAAACAUAACCUGCUAAGUGCCAAAUGUUACAAAUUGCAGCUGAGACCGAAUGUACAUGAUAGUGUACAUCAUAUUUCACUUGUGUCAAAUAACAAAAAAUAUAUUUUCUGGGAUCAUAAGCAUUAUUUAGUUAAUAAAUUGUAUACCUAAUAAACCAAAUAAACAAAGCCAACAAGUAAUAAUUUGAAAAGAAUGAGAGAAUAUUGUUUACCAACAAAACAGUGCAACUACAAGGAUGUCACCAUAGCUGCAAGCACUCAAACAAAUGUUAUUAUUUUUAUUUAUUUCCUUAGACAGUAUCAACAAAUGGACUAGCUCAAUUAUACAUGUACGGUAUAGUGUACAUUUGGUCUGAAUUCAUGGAAAUUUUUCAAAUGUGUGUUUCAACUGCUCAAAGAUAUAGAUAGGUAUGUACACUAUUCUGUACAUUCAGACUGAGGUGUUAUUAGUUGAAAGGUGUUUGGGUCCGAGGAGGUUAAGUGAAUAAAUGCAUUACAGUUGCACAUGUGUGUUAAAACUGUAUUUUAGACAUGAAAACAAAAUUUAAAAUUUUGUAAAGCUGUCUCACUUAACAAAGGUACCUAAUACAGGAUGUGCGAAAGGCAAAACUUUUAAGAAAUAAAGUAAGUUGAAAGCAGUUUAAGGAUAAAUUUGGUGAUAUUUUGGACACGUAGUGCAUUCCAACUAAUGUAAACAUUGUGAAAUCAAAUUCACUGUCAUUCCUGUCAAAAAAUGCAAAAAAAUUCAACUUGAAAUAUCUUAAACCUGUUCCAGUUGGCAACAUCUCGUCUAGAGAUGCCUUAUUCACUGAAACCAUUCACUUAAAAAAUAUUUGAACGUGUUCACAUUAAGUGGAAUACACAUUUCUUGCUUUGCGUUUAAGUUCGUGGCUGAACAUCCAUGUGCUCCUUUUGAUGACAAACAAGCCAGCUUUUUUUUCUCCUAAAGCCCUUAUUGCUGUAAAAUACCACAUUUCUGUUUGGAGCUGUAAUAGACUUAGUGGUUAUGUUCACAUGAAUUACUAUGAGAGCUGUCGUUCUGUACAAAUGAGAAAUAUUUUCAGUGGGGGGAACACUUUCAAUUAAGAAUUUAUCGCUGUGGAAUUCAGUUGUGUAUUGAAACAUCCUUGUAGGGCUCAGUCCUAAGUUUUUUUUUACCUUGAUGUUUUGUUGUAAGCGACAUCAUUAAACACACGACAUGGACCACGAAUGUAACCUCCACAACUGUCGUAAUAAUUACCCAGUCCACGGUUGCACAGAGCUCAGUCCUGUGCUGAUGUCGAGCCAAACACUAAACAUUUCUUGUAGGUUCAAAAUGACAAUGUCCUAAUGGUAAAAUAUUGAAUACAAGACUUAGCUAGAUUUUUGAGCUAUAUUCAACACACGUGGUUUAUAAAUAAUUGUCAACUCACUUUUCAUAAUCGUAUGGAAUGCCUGACGUUCACUGUUUCUUAUGAUUCUUCCGUGGUGACAUCAGCAGUCAGUGUUUUGAAGUUUAUGUUCUUUAUUACAUACUACUAAAUAAAACAAGGUGUGUAAUUUGAAAGGUACUUUUGGUAGUGAAACUAUUUUGAUUGAUUUUUUUUUGCAGUAACACAUGAUUUCAUAAGUGCUCAUAAGAUUAUUAUGUUUUUGUCUACAUUGAUACGCUUACAGAAAUUUAUUGCAGUGGGAACAAACGUAUAAUUGCAAGCUUAAAAUAUUGCCUUCUCAAAUUAAAUCAAUUUUUACUUUUUGUAGCAAUAGCCUAAAUCACUGUUUGGGGUGAUUAGAUUUGAUCAGCUAGAAAAUAAUAGAAAAUAGUAUUAAUUAUCACUAGCACAUUACUAUUUCAAAUAUAUUCUCACAAAAAAAAAUUGCAUAAUGAACCAAAUUGUGUGAUAGGUAUGUCCUUGAGUUACAAACUAGUUAGGGUAUGGCCCGAUGUUUUUUGUAACAAUGUUCUUCAUACAGAAUGUAUAUGAAGACAUUGGCGUUUGCUUAUAUGUAUAAAUUUAUAAUAUUUUGUGUUCAAGCAGUGACCUCUGAUUGUUGUUUUUGAUUGUUUUUGUUACCAAAAUAGGGUUUACAUUUCUUGUGUAAGUUUGUAACUUAUCAUACAAAUACGUAGUAAGCUCAACUGUGCUUUAUGAAUUGCAAUAAGCUCUCUCUCUGCUCUCUGAAUGUGUGUCAGAAUCAACGUAUUGAUUGCUAUGUUAUGAAUUUUGUGGAAAUGUGGCGAGCUUAUCUUAGUGUAGUAGUUUACAUGUAUACAAAUUUUUAUCAAUCAAUUUGGAAUACAAAUUUAUAUUAUACUGUCCAUUGCAUUGCCAGAUUAAAUUCCACAUACCUAGCUUAUAAAGUAGCCUGCACAAUAAAAACCAUUCCUAAUUGCAAUCCUGUUGAAGUAAUGUAGGUGUUAAUCGUACAUUAGCUUUUGAUUGCAUUAUCAAGUCCUCGACUCUGUAGCUAAUUAUUUCCACAAUUCCAUUUUGCUGUUUAUAAGUCAAGCUCUGUUAAUACAGGUCUGCAAAAUGGUCAUUAACGUAAACUGUCAAGUUACAGUAUUGUAGCGACUGGGCUGGGAAUUGGAAAUGUUUGUUUUGCCCGCACUAUGACGUAACUUGUAAUACUCACAGUAGUAUUUCCGCGCUUCAGUGCAGCAUCCAGGUAUUCCCGUCCUUGGGCACGUGGUGUGUGUCAGGGCCAUAGAGGAACCAAAGGCCCGGGGACAAAUUAUUUUGUCGGGCCCCCUCCCCCAAAUUCUUUAUAAUCUAUAAUAAUAUAUCAUUACCAGCAACAAAAGGAGAGAAUUGAAAAGUUUAAAAAAGUGGGCAAAGUGGUUCUAUGUCCUGAGAUGAUAUGUUGUGCACUCUCCUUGCCAUCCACCGGUUAUCAUUAUUUAACAUAUUUUCGAAACCUUGGAACAUGGUGCAACACCACACUAAUCAGCUUUUACUAAUUACUAAUCUACUUAGUUCUCCUUCCUGUUGUAAAGGGAUUUCAUGUGACGAACUGGACAAAAAAGAUUUAACGGUUUAGAUUUCCUAAAGCAUGUGAAAUUUUUGGACUUUACAUUUGAACAUAAAUGGCAAAACCGGAAAACUACAUAUAAUUAAAGUACGAAUUUAUUUGUGCAGUUUCAUAAUAUAUAUUUAGUAUACAGUAGUUAGUUUUGCUCUUGUUUACUUCAUUUACAUAUACAUAUUUAAACAUUUUCUGUGAUACAUAUAAAGAUGAUUGUUCAAUUCUCCAGCCAAUAUUCAUUGAGGGAAAUAUUUCUUUCAAGCACACUCCACAUGCAGACAUAUCGCACCUGUGAUGACCUCAGCAGAGACUAGCUCAGAACUAUGCAACGUGUAAUGUUUGGAGCAAUCCAGGAUAACGUUUUGCCUGCAAGCUUCUCUUCCGUCCUGUUGCUUGCUCAAGUUUCGCCUCGAGAUGCAGGCUGCUUGCGGUUAGUUUUCGCUUGUCCUGUCAGUACUCUGUUUCAGAAAACAUAGUUUCAACAUUUAGCUAUGACUGAAAUAUAUUGAUAGCCAGAAAAUUUUUUUAUUUGUUUAAAUGGUAUUAAAAGUUUCAAAUAAAACAAUAGAUGAAGCAAAAUACUGUAUUUUGAUUCAGUAAUUUUACCUUUUGAAAUGUAUAGAAGAAGAAGCUUUGAGAACACCAUAAUUAUUGCAAUUCAUAACUGUUUUUGAACAAAUAUCUAUGGCCUAAAAUUUUUAUAAGUUUAAUGUGGUAAAUAUGUACAUACAUUGCACAUAAAAUACAUAAAUAACUAUGUUUAGUGAAAGUGUAAUUUAUUUUUGUUAAUGUCGCAAAAAAAAUAUGGAUGUUAAUACUUUGCUGGCUGUAGCUGUGUCAUCUGAAAGGUGUCAAAAUGUAUCCACAAAAAAAAAAUGGGCGAAGCCAGGAAAUUAUUUAAAUGCAACUUCUAUCAUUUUUCUCAUAAAUAAUUAAAGAGAAUCUUCCUGUGGUGUUGAAUAAAAGAUUCAAUGAAUUCCAUGCAAGUGCAUUUGAAAUAAAUCAGACUGCCAUCGAUAGACCCGAGUGCGAUGUGAAUCUAAUGGAAUUACUAUAACUGGUGGUUCGCCCAUUUUAUUGGCUCUGACAAUUUGAAGUGAUUUGUGAACCUCGCUUGUAUCACGCUACUAACACCCUUUGGUAGUUUGAUGUUGAGUCCCGAGGGUUGGUGAGCUGCAAGUAUGUUGUCUGGCAACUUGAAGCAUGAGUAAUAAUAAAUUACACCAUGUAAGUCUGACGUACAUGGUAUUUUCAUGUUCACAUGUAAUCUGAAUGGCAUUUAAAUUCCUUUUGAUGGCUUAGUGCACAAAGAUUGUGUGUCCACUUUUCUGAGUUCCGAUAUGCGAUAACUUGAAUGUUAGCAAAUCUUUUUGUUCAUUUUGCUCGUACAAUGAAAUUACAACAGUUGUUCCAUUUAUGUGAAUGAACUGCAGUAAUUGUACACCACCUUUAAAAAAAAAUACUUGAAAAUAUACAAAUCAAAACAUACUGCUGUGCUUGAUGUUUCUCUUUGAAAAUACAAUAACUUCUAUUUCCUUAUGUAUAUUAGUGUCAGUGUGUAUGUAUUGUUUUAAAAAUUUAUGUUUUGGAAUGUUGUUAUAGCAUCAUGAAUCCCUUAGUUUUUGUCAUUUGCUUAGAAAAGUGGUCUUAAUCAAGACUUUGUAAUACUUCAUAAUUAUUUUGUUUACUGCAGUGUGUGUUAAUAUCGCAUGACGUGUGACUCUGAGUUUUCAGUGUUGCACCCUUGGGCAUUGUAUUUUAUGUACAGUCAAGAGCUAAAAAGACAGCAUAUUCUUCUCAUUGAGAAAUUAAAUAUCUACAUAGUUGUUAAAUUAUCUGAAAUUUCUUAAGAGUUUAUCUAAACUAAGGUACAUGAUGUGUUCAAACAUGUACCAAGUAGUAAAGCGUAGAUGUUGUGUACCUGCUUGAGGAUGGCUUGAUUUUGUUAGUUCUUACAAUUGUUCGUUUUGAAAGCUUUGUGUGUUGGUUGUUACAUAUUAAGACAUUGAUAAGCUUUGUGUGAGAAAAAGUGUUAUUUCAAUUUUGCCCCUUAGUAAAUUCUAGUUGUGUAUUCCUUGACAUUCCAGCAUUUCCUUUUGCUCACUUUUUUUUUAACCUGAGUAUUUUUCUAGUCAUUUUUUUUUUGUUACUACUGAUUAGCAGUGACAACUAUUAAUGGCACUCUCUUCUGCUCAAUAUGAAAAAUAUACAUAUGCUAUAAUUGUUAUAAUUAUUCAUAUUAUAAUUUGUCUUCUAAAAGCAAACCAGUUUAAGUGGAGAUUUUAUUUGUAAUCAAGACCAUUUCUCUGUAUGACAAGUAAUUUAGAGCUUAUUGUAAGUAUCGAUUCCUGCUGCCUUUCUGUUUGUCACUUUCAUCAUCCACUAUAUUUUAUGAUAAGUAUCAGCUCUGUUGUAAACUGUCACCAUAUCCUCUGCUUUUCCACCAUUCCACUUUCCUCACUUCUUACUGAGUCGUAACCAAGUACCGUGUUUUAUCAAAUAAUUGUCGCACAUUUUAUACUAAAAUCAAGUUUUAAAAGUAUGGGUGUGACGAUUAUGUGAAAAAAAGCAUUUUUGUUAGGUAAAGUUAUUCAUUAAACAAAACCUAUUCAAAUUAAGUACGUUCAUUAAAAAAAAAGUAGAGUACACAAGAGCACGCCAAACAAUUAAAAUUACUAAGUCAUGCAACAAAAUCAUUUUGUUAAACUUUAAAUAGGAAAACCAAAACUUUGACACAAACAUGAGUCGGAGCGCAUAACUAUCUUAGUACACACCACGAGAUAGCAUGGGUUAUCAAAUGUAGUUAAGUCAGCACCAGACUGAUCACGUGCGUUGCAUGCAAUUGAUGAGCUAUCUGUAUUGAUACUUGACUGUGUGCGCAUGCUCUAUACGAGAAUCAACAUAAUCAAACAUGAAUGAUGCCAACUGGCGCUGACUACAUUUUUAUAAGCGGUACACAGCGGCGACGAAGACGAAAAGUUAAAAGUUAUAACAUUUGAAAGCUUCUUUAAAAGAAAAUUUACACAUCAGGCAACUUUGUAUUUCUGUUUAUUUAACAAGUAAGCGCUAACAUAUGAAUGAAUAUUAGAUUUGAGUGUUUUAUACAGCAAAACUACCUUCACAAAGCGCUCGGAAUCUGAAAACAUCAUGCGACGUUUACGUGAGAAAUUUUCUCUCUCCAAAUUUUGGUGUCCUAAAAUAAAGGUGCGACGAAUUAUGUGUGUGCGAUGAUUAUGCGAUAAAACACGGUGCUUCAAAACCUUCAUCUCCUUGGUACGUCUUCACUUCCUGUCCUCAGGGGAUCAAAUCCUGAACGCUCGUUCACAAUCCUGACCCCCGCCAACUGCCAUUCUUCUUCGAACAUUCAUCCAGCCGCUCACAUCGCCCGAGCUCCCAUCACCCACCUCCGUGGCUAUCCGCUCAAGCUAUCCAGCUGAGUGUGCGCUGCGCAGACUUGUUAAGGCAUAUGUCCAAAUAUAAAUAAAUAUAUAUAAUGUUCAUGGAAAUCUCACGCCAUGUCGACAAAAAGCUACUGUUAAUGUCUCCUUCCAAACCACAGGAAUACAAUUGCACAAGUGCCCCCCCCCCCCUCCCCCCCUCCAAUUUGACAAGUCCAUUAACAAUGCAUGAAGUCCUCUUCCAGUGAAAAUGCCUCAAAUAAUCAUGUGUGGAAAUGUAUUUGCUUUAUUUUUAAUUGUAUUUUUUAAACAUUUUGUUGAAAUAAAACUGUUGCGACAA